GACGUUCCCGCCUUCCUCACAGCACCUCAACUGUGCUGACAGCCGGGGAAGGCAUGGCAAUGAAAUAUCCGGCGUCGUGCCUGGUGGCACUGAUCGUGUUUUGCAGCUUCUGUGAAGGACAGUGGAGAAGUUAUUACAGGCCCUCGCCACGCGCCUACCCCGCACCGCGAGGUCCGCUAGCGCCGCCAAAUCCAAACCCCGCACCACAAGGGCCACAACCGCCACCAAAUCCAUACCCUGUGCCGGGAGGUCCACAACCGCCGCCAUAUCCAUUCCCCGGGCCGCGAGGUCUGCUAACGCCGCCAUAUCUACCGACCCCAGAUACCCAACAGUCGACGCAAACAGGUACGCCUCUCACCUGGCAAUUCCCCGGACCCCCCCAGAUCCAGACCAUACCCGUUGGGCCUUCCUCGCCGAGAAUUCCCGUUGCCGCUUCUUCUGUUGCCGUCACAUGCAAUGAGACAAGCGCUCACGUGGAGGUGAUGGAGAACCUGUUUGGGAACGGCCUGUUGAUCAACCCUGCGGGCCUCACGCUGGGAAACUGUGGCCCUUCUGCAGAGGACAAUGUGACUAACGUGUUGAUCUUCGAUGUGGAACUCCAGGCCUGCGGCAGCACAUUAUCAAUGACAAAUGAUUCCAUUAUCUACACCUACAUCCUCAACUAUAUUCCCCCAACUGUGCCAAAUAUUCCUGUGGUGAGGAGCUCCAGCGCUGCGGUUCUUGUUCAAUGCCACUACCCAAGGAUCCAGAAUGUGAGCAGCCAUCCAGUCAGCCCUUACUGGAGACCUUUCUCUGCCGUUAGAGCGGCACAGGAGUUCUUAUACUUCAGCAUGAACCUCAUGACAGAUAACUGGCAAUAUUUGAGGGCCGACAACCAGUACUCCAUGGGCGAGAUGAUUCGAAUCCAAGUGUCCGUCAUGCAGUAUUACCACGUACCCCUCCGCGUUUACGUGGACAGCUGUAUAGCUACCACGUCACCUGACACCACCUCCAGCCCCAGCUAUGUCUUCAUCGACCAAGGGUGUAUGCUGGACGGCCUGCUCACAGGCUCCAUCUCGCAAUUCUUGCCGCGCACGGCAGACAACAUGCUUCAGUUCCAGUUGGAGGCCUUUCAGUUUCAGGGAGCUCCCAAUGAAACUCUCUACAUCACCUGCCACUUGAUAGCAACAAUGAGUUCAGAUCCCGUUGAUUCCAACUACAGAGCUUGUUCCUACAUCAAUGGGUGGAGAGAAGCUAGUGGUGUUGAUUCAGCUUGUUCAUCCUGUUACUCUGGUGGAGGUUCACCACCUGGAUAUGGAGCAGGUUCUUCAGCUACUGGUGUUGGUGGCAGUACUUCUGGUCCCAUAAAUACUGGUCCUGGAGCACCUGGUUCAGGUUAUGGUCCUGGAACCAAUGUUCCUACAGGUGGUGGUGGUGGAGCACCUGGAUCAGGUUAUGGUCCAGGACCCAAUGUUCCUACAACUGGUGGUGGGGGAGCACCUGGUUCAGGUUAUGGUCCUGGAACCAAUGUUCCUACAACUGGUGGUGGUGGAGCACCUGGAUCAGGUUAUGGUCCUGGACCCAAUGUUCCUACAGGUGGUGGUUUUGGAGCACCUGGUUCAGGUUAUUGGCCUGGAACCAAUGUUCCUACAGGUGGUGGUGGUGGAGCACCUGGUACAGGUUAUGGUCCUGGAACCAAUGUUCCUACAGGUGGUGGUGGGGGAGCACCUGGUUCAGGUUAUGGUCCUGGAACCAAUGUUCCUACAGGUAGUGGUGGGGGAGCACCUGGUUCAGGUUAUGGUCCUGGAACCAAUGUUCCUACAACUGGUGGUGGUGGAGCACCCGGAUCAGGUUAUGGUCCUGGACCCAAUGUUCCUACAGGUGGUGGUUUUGGAGCACCUGGUUCAGGUUAUGGUCCUGGAACCAAUGUUCCUACAGGUGGUGGUGGUGGAGCACCUGGUUCAGGUUAUGGUCCUGGAACCAAUGUUCCUACAGGUGGUGGUGGUGGAGCACCUGGUUCAGGUUAUGGUCCUGGAACCAAUGUUCCUACAGGUGGUGGUGGUGGAGCACCUGGUUCAGGUUAUGGUCCUGGAACCAAUGUUCCUACAGCUGGUGGUGGUGGAGCACCUGGUUCAGGUUAUUGGCCUGGAACUAAUGUUCCUACAGGUGGUGGUGGUGGAGCACCUGGUUCAGGUUAUUGGCCUGGAACUAAUGUUCCUACAGGUGGUGGUGGUGGAGCACCUGGUUCAGGUUAUUGGCCUGGAACUAAUGUUCCUACAGGUGGUGGUGGUGGAGCACCUGGUUCAGGUUAUUGGCCUGGAACCAAUGUUCCUACAGGACCAUAUGGUCCCAUAAAUACUGGACCCACUGUUUAUAUAGAUAUUGAUGAAUCACUUGGUUCUGGGCCCACCAGUUUUCUAGGUCCUGGUUUUCCAGGAUCCUUUGGUAAUUUUGGAAAGGUCCCUAAUUUCCCCCCCUUUUUUAAAGGAAGGAAGGCGCGUGAUGUGUCCCACAAUGAAGGUUUUGAAUGGGAAGCUCAAAUCUGCAUGGGUCCCAUACGAAUUCGAGAGCGGCCUGUGUAACUUAUAUAUGGCGUGUAACGCCAUAUCUGCAUCCAUCAGAAAAGAAAUGAUCAUUGUCUAUAUGCUAUUAUUGUACGUAUUGGUAUUAAUUCAGUACAAGCAUUGAAAGAAGCACAGGUGGUAGGUGAAGAUGUCAUUAGUGUAUUAGUGUAAUAUUAAGCUACAUGUAGAUGUAAGUUCAUUGAUUUAAAAAUAUAAUAAUGAAUAAAAAAUGUGCUAUUAACAAUAAAGUCAGAGAACGUCUUUUCAUUU